AUGGCCGUAUUUGCUUAUGGUUGAUAUUAACAUUCCAAAUUCUCAUCCCUCAAUUCCCUACAAUUCUGACCCCUAGCUAGCUCUUCAUGGCAAUCAUGAAGAUAGAACACGAUUUACAUAUGGCCGAAGGAGAAGGAGAAUGGAGCUACUCAAAGAAUUCUAGGCGUCAAGAAAUUGUUAUACGCGAGACUAAGCCCAUUAUUGAGAAUGCCACAAAAGAAGUAUACACGGCUCUACUACCCAAGACAAUGAUCAUUGUCGACCUAGGAUGCUCUGCAGGACCAAACACAUUGCUCUUUAUGUCCAAUGUGAUAGGUGUCAUAGCCGAUCAGUGUAAGUCUAGUGAAGGUGAUCCUGUGGAACUUCAGUUCUUCCUGAAUGACCUUCCUGGUAAUGACUUCAAUGAACUCUUCCGGGCGAUCCAAAAGUUUGAAACGUCGGGUACGAUGGAUCAACCGGGACAUGUUCCACCUUUGCACUACAUUUCUGGGUUGCCAGGAUCGUAUUACAACAGGCUUUUCCCUCGUCAAAGCGUGCAUCUCUUCCACUCCUCAUACUGCCUUCACUGGCGCUCCCAGGUACCUGAGGGACUUGACACAUCGAAAGAAGCUUACUUAAAUAAAGAUAAUGUUUACAUCACAAAUACCACAACACCGUUUGCGGUGAAACAAUUCCAAGAGCAGUUCCAUAAGGACUUCUCCCUCUUCUUGGAGCUGCGGCACGAAGAACUUGUAUAUGGAGGGAAGAUGGUUCUUGUAUUUCUUGGGAGGAAGAAUGAGGAUGUAUACAGUGGAGAACUCAAUCAACUUUAUGGAUUGGUUGCAAGAUCGCUGCAGUCUCUUGUUCUGAAGGGCCUGGUGGAGAAGGAAAAACUAGAAUCCUUCAAUCUACCAGUCUAUGGGCCAUCAGUUGCUGAAGUCAAGGAAGUAGUCAUGCAAAGUAAGAUUUUCAGCAUGGAUGAGAUCAAGCUAUUCGAGGCAAACUGGGAUCCUUUUGAUGAUUCAGAAGGUGUUGAUGUUCUCGAUAGUGCCUGCAGUAGCAUGAAUGUUGCUAAGUGUAUUAGAUCAGUGCUGAAGUCGUUGAUUAUAUGCCAUUUUGGAGAAACCAUACUUGACCCGUUGUUCGUGGAGUUUGCAAGCCUUGUUGCUAAGCAACUUGAAGAGCAGCAGACCAAGUUAGCAGUCAUCGCCAUGUCCUUAAAGAAAAUAUAAUAGAUAUAUAUCCAUGGGUGUUGUUUCUCAUAUUUCUGCUGUUGAGAGAUCAAUGAGGCCAGAAACAAUUAUUGUUUGUAAGGUUUCAUAAUUUGGCCACCGUCUGCGAUAGUUGCCCAACUUACAUGU